GUGCUCGCUCACGUACCCAAAACGCGGCAGUCAUUGAAACUAGCCAGGAUUUCCAAGCAGCAACAGAAAAAUAUCGGAAGCUGUAAACAAAUGGCCGAGUGGAAUACAUACUACCGGAAUGAAGAUGAGGAGGAGGAUCAAGAAGAAGAGGAGCAAGCUGGAGGAGACUAUAAAGCCACAGGAAGAGACAGUCUGGUCUUCCUGGUUGAUGCUUCCAAAGAAAUGUUUAUCAAGGGCGAAGAUGGAGAUCCCUCCAACUUUGACAUGACCAUGCAGGUCGUGCGCAGCGUUUACACCAGUAAAAUCAUCAGCAGCUACAGGGACCUGGUGGCUUUGGUUUUUUACGGCACAAAGGAGAGCAAAAACCCCAGGAACUCCUUCAAACAUGUUUACGUGUACCAUGACCUGGAUGAACCUGGCGCGCAGCGGGUCCAGGAGGUCGACGCUCUGAGGGGGGAUAAAGGGGCCCAGCUCGCUGCAAAGACGUUGGGCAGUGGGGAGGCGUCGUUAGGCGAUGCCCUGUGGUGCUGCGCCAACCUCUACAGCGACAUCAAGCUCCGCCUCUCCCACAAGCGGCUGAUGAUUUUCACCUGCAGGGAUGAACCGCACUGGGGCGACAGCGCCAAGGACCGCCAAGCGCGCACCAAGGCCAGCGACCUGAAAGAAACUGGGGUGGUCAUUGAUUUGAUGCACCUGUUGAAGCCGGGCGGCUUUGAUGUCUCUGCCUUCUUCUGUGACAUCAUAAGUCCGCCGGAGGACGAGGAGGAGCUGGGGCUGCAGAUGGAGCCUUGUGGCAAACUGGAGGACCUCAGGAAAAGGGUUCGGGCAAAAGAGCUGAAGAAAAGAACCCUGGCGAGGUUAAGCUUGAGUCUUGGCGAGGGUGUGAACGUAGCCGUGGGACUUUAUGCAACAGCGGUGUCGGCUCGGAAGCCGCCUCCUGUCAGGCUUUACAGAGAAACCAACGAACCGGUCCGCAGCAAAACCCGGACCUUUCACACGCAGACGGGCAGUCUGCUGCUCCCCAGUGACAUCAAGAAAGCCCAGGUUUACGCCAAGAAGCAGAUUGUGAUGGAGAGAGACGAGGUGGAUGCCAUCAAGAAGUUUGACGAUCCCGGAUUGGUUCUGAUCGGGUUUAAACCCAUGGAGAAGCUCAAGCUGCAUCACCACAUCCGGCCUUCUGUCUUCCUCUAUCCCGAGGAAGAGGAGGUCAAAGGCAGCGCCUGUCUGUUCACUGCCUUGCUGAAGAGAUGCAGCGACAGGAGCGUGUUCGCUCUGUGCCGCUGCAUCCCCCGCAGAAACUUCCCUCCUCGCUUUGUGGCUCUGGUGCCUCAGAAGGAGGAGGUGGACGAGGCGAACGCACAGAUUUCACCUGCAGGUUUUAACGUCAUCUAUCUGCCGUUCGCUGACGACUUCAGGACUCUGGAUCUUCCUCGAUGUCCGUACGCCUCACAGAUGCAGGUCAACAAGAUGAAGGAGAUCAUCUCAAAGCUGCGCUUCAAAUACAGGAGCGACGCCUUCGAGAACCCGGUCAUUCAGAAGCACUUCAGGAACCUGGAGGCCUUGGCUCUGGACAUGGUGGCUCCAGAGGAAAUAGAGGACCUCAUCAUGCCAAAGGUGGAGCAGAUUGACCAACGCCUGGGUCCUCUGGUCCAGGAGUUCAAAGACCUGGUCUACCCUGCAGAUUAUAAUCCAGAAACAAAACCAGCCGCUAAACGGAAAACAGCCGAUGCUGGAGCCGGAGCGUCCGAGAAAAAGCCCAAAGUGGAGCUAACGGAAGACGAGCUGAGGGCCCACGUGCUGAACGGCACUCUGGGAAAGCUGACCGUGCCCGUGCUGAAGGACGCCUGCAAGCAGUUCGGGGUUCGAACCACCGUCACCAAGAAGCAGGAGCUGAUGGACGUGCUGACGUCUCGACUGGGUUCGUGAGGAGCCGCGAUCCCGCCGCCUUGAACCGUCACGCCAAAGUCCUGCGUCUGGGAGGAACUCAGAUUUGUUAAAAGCAUGUAGUGUUUGUCUGGAAUCAGAAAACAAUGUUUCCUUGUUGUAUAAAAAUGUUUCUGUCUUAGAGAGCCCUUCAAAGUAAGAGCAUGUGAACUUCUCCUUGUGGUUCCAUAAUAAAGCGUGUUCAGUAGAAGCUG